GUAUUUUGUUUAUUAUAAUUGUUAUUUAGUUAUAACUUUUAAUACCUAGUUUUACAUAUUAUAAAUACGUUCUUCUACAGUAUACCAGUGUAAUACCUAGUUUUACACUUAAGUAUCCGCUACCUAUGUUAAACUAUAGAACAUAAUGUUCAUUGAUCUAUGAUUAAAUGAUUAAUUAGAAUAAACCUUUAAAACCAACAAUUUAUUUAUUUUAAAUUUUGUUUUUUGACAAUUGAAAACUGUUUACGUUGUAUUCAUCUUAAUUUUUCAUAUUCGAUUUUAAUUUUAGACAAUGGUUAAUACAAAUACAUUUUUUUUAUUAGUACUUGUAGCUUUUAUUUCUACUAUAAGAAAUGCUGUGAGUAUAUCAUGUUACCAAUGCAAUAGUACUGACAUCAAUGAUCAAUUUCGGUGUACAGAGUUCAUGGAUACGGAUGGCUUAGAUCCUCAACCUUGUACAAGUGUUUAUAAUGCUGCUUAUUGUGUCAAACUGAUAGGUCGCUAUGAAGGAGGACUCGGAGUUACACGUUAUUGCUCAUCACAUAAUUUGGGGAAUUACUGCAAUUAUGUACAACGGCCAGGUGAUGUAUUAGAAUAUCGAACAUGUGUUUAUACUUGUGAUUCUGAUGGUUGUAAUGGUUCAAGCCAAGUUAAGUUAUUUGGGUAUUUAAUUGGUUUAUCUUUUUUGCCAUGGCUUAUAAAUCUAUUAUCUUAAUUAUUAACAUUACCUAAAUAAUCUGAUUUGAUUUAUAAGUAGGUAAUUUAUACCACAUUCUAAUUUAUUUUAAAUAUUUUUUAUUUUAUAAAUUGAUCAUACAUUUCAUAAUGAAUUCCACAAUUUUAAAUAUACUAUCUAUUGAUA